GCUUAUGAAAGGGGUGGAGAAUGCACUGCCUGUGUCUGCUGCCUGCAAGACCUUUCUGCAGACAUUGUGUCUUUGUGAGCUGACUGCAGAGGCCAUGUGCACGCACAAUAGUUUACAUUCAAGAAGAAAUAAUCCAGAAGAGAAAGAACAAGCAGAUCAAGAUGUGUAGCUCUGUGGCUGCAAAGUUGUGGUUUUUGACAGAUCGUCGUAUCAGGGAAGACUAUCCCCAAAAAGAGAUCUUACGAGCUUUGAAGUCCAAAUGUGGUGAAGAGGAACUGGACUUCAGGGCUGUGGUGAUGGAUGAGGUGGUGCUGACAAUUGAGCAAGGAAACCUGGGUCUGCGGAUCAAUGGAGAACUAAUCUCUGCCUACCCCCAAGUGGUGGUUGUAAGAGUUCCAACCCCUUGGGUACAAAGUGAUAGUGACAUCACUGUUUUGCGCCAUCUAGAGAAGAUGGGAUGCCGAUUGAUGAACCGACCCCAAGCCAUCCUUAACUGUGUUAAUAAGUUCUGGACAUUUCAAGAAUUAGCUGGCCACGGUGUUCCUCUCCCAGAUACUUUCUCUUAUGGUGGCCAUGAAAAUUUUGCUAAAAUGAUUGAUGAAGCAGAAGUACUGGAGUUCCCAAUGGUAGUGAAGAAUACACGGGGUCAUAGAGGUAAAGCUGUUUUCUUGGCUCGAGAUAAACAUCAUUUGGCUGAUCUAAGCCAUCUUAUUCGUCAUGAAGCUCCAUACCUGUUCCAGAAGUAUGUUAAAGAGUCUCAUGGACGGGAUGUGCGAGUUAUUGUUGUCGGAGGCCGUGUUGUUGGUACCAUGUUACGUUGUUCAACAGAUGGGAGAAUGCAAAGCAACUGCUCACUAGGUGGUGUGGGAAUGAUGUGUUCAUUGAGUGAACAAGGAAAGCAGCUAGCUAUCCAGGUGUCUAAUAUCCUGGGGAUGGAUGUGUGUGGCAUUGACCUGUUGAUGAAAGAUGACGGCUCCUUCUGUGUCUGCGAGGCCAAUGCAAAUGUAGGUUUCAUCGCCUUUGAUAAGGCUUGUAAUCUAGAUGUAGCUGGUAUCAUAGCAGACUAUGCCGCCUCCCUUCUGCCCUCUGGCCGGCUCACCCGGCGUAUGUCCCUGCUCUCCGUGGUGUCCACGGCCAGUGAGACUAGUGAGCCGGAGCUGGGUCCCCCUGCCAGCACUGCUGUCGACAACAUGAGCGCAAGUUCCAGCUCUGUCGACAGUGACCCUGAAAGCACGGAGCGAGAGCUACUCACCAAGCUCCCAGGGGGCCUAUUCAACAUGAACCAGCUGCUAGCCAAUGAAAUCAAACUCCUAGUGGAGUGACUCCACUGGUAAAUAAUUAACCAACAAAACCCUUGUAAAACCUUCUUUUUCUUUUUUCCCUUUUCUUUUUUAAGCCAACUUGCAAUGCUGUUCAUGGAGGAUGCUCAGGAGGAUGAGAGGAAAAUUAGUAGGAUUAGUUGAGAGAAGAGGGAAAUAGAUGAGACCUUUGCUAAUAAGAUAUUACUGACUAAUUUACAGAUUCUACAAAGAGGCAGAAGAGGUGGGAUAGAAUGAUGUCAGGAGGCUCUCUUAGUUACUUUUUAAAUUACCAGAAACUGUAUGCUUUCAGGCCAUGAGGCACAUGAAAAUUUUGUUCAUGGUUCCUUUUGUUUUUAUACAAAACAUUGAUUUGGUUCAAAUAUCCGAUAGCAUAACCUUACACUGUGUUUGAAAAUUUGUAAAGAGCGAGGAAAACAUCUGCCUAAAUUACAGGAAUUUUUAAUCUGUAAAUCUGAAAAUUCUACCAUUUUGCUGUUAAAUAGCAGCUUUAAUUCAUAGUUGUUUAUGAAAUCUUAAGGGGCUCUUUUAUUGGUAUUUUUCAUUUUUAUGUUUUGUUUUUUCCCCUUAAUUUGGGUGGGAGGGCAAACUAAAUAUAACCCAAUAAAGACAUUUUUUUAAUGACAAAAUUGGCAUGUUUGCAUGAUGACAGAGAAAUGAACAGUAUUGCAAUGUCUGGUAUACAAAAUAACAUUUACUCAAUGUAGAUAAAGUUACGCUAGUUUAAAAUAUGUGCAUUGACUUGUAUUUGUUAGUGUUUUAGUCUUUUUUGAAAGAUAUAUGCUCUGUUAAUGUUACUUUUUUUUUUUUAAUACAUGCUAGUCUAACAUUCCCUGCUCUAUGCCUGCAUCUUUUAAUAAUGGCCAAAGUGGAAAAAAAAAUGCUACCUUUUUGUUAACAAGACAUUGACUUGAAACAUGUACAUUUAAAACCUUUUAUUUUUUUUCUGUUUUUCUCUUUGUGGUUGGACAUUUAAAGAAUAAGGACAAGGAAAAAUAUUUUUGGGGGGCACAUCAGGGACCUAUAAUUUCUUAAGUAUAAAGCUAAAGUGUUUUCUAACGCCAGCGUUACAUAUUUGCAUUUUUCACAUUUUACAAGGGAGUAUAUAUGUAUGUGUGUGCACGCAUGCAUGUGUUUGUGUUUUGCUUUUAUUUAUACCAACCAAACAAAAAGGAUAGAUUAUAGAGAAUGGAGCAUGAUGGGAAACACAGUUUUUUACUUUAAAAAACAGAUGCAUUGUUUUCAUGACUUAGACUCCACUGGGGUAGAGGUAGUCACCUAAAGACAUAAGAAUAGGUGCUUCUUAGGCCUUCAUGUGUAUUAUAUGUAUGUUGUUUGGUUUUUUCCUUUGUUUCUAGACUGUUCGGUGUAUGAUUUAUUCAAAGCUACAUGCUUUUUGUCAAUGCUCAUGGCUAUGCAUUUUCUCUUUUUACACAUAGGAUUUGGGGUUGGGUAGACUGGAUGUUUUUAUUUGGGGAUUAAAUUAGCAGUAUUGAGUCUCAUAUAGCCCUACUCCUAAGCCUUCAGUACUGACCACUCUUUUUAUUUCUUUAUUUUCUGAAUCACAAAAGCCCCAGAACUGCAUAUAAUAUGAGCCUUUAUAACAUUGGUUAAAUUAUCUUAAUGAUGGGUUUGGAAGGUAUGUUAAGAAAUGGAGGUGCUACAGAGCUCAACAUAAUUUUUUAAACAGCAAGUUCCAUCUCCCUACAAAUCCUCUGAAGCUUUUACCCAAGCCCUUCCUUGCCUCUCCAGUGCUAUUUUUCCUUCAGAUGGACCUUAACAUAAUUUCUUGGACACUACUAGAGAGACUUCGAGGCAAUAAUAAAAGAUCAGUAUUAACCAGCUCUAACAGAGGUUUGAUCAUGCUUACUUGUACAGUUUUUCCCCGUUUUAAAAAGGAAUGUAAUAAAACUUGUUUUUUCCAUAGAAUUAAAUACUAUUAAAAUUGAGUGAAAGGUUGAUUGUUGACAAAUAGAAUAGUACCUCUAA